UGUCAUAUGACUGAGGAGCCCAUGGGGGUGGCGGGGCCGUAGGAGCGGGGCCGCAGCGAGCGCCCAGUCGAGCGACCCGGGGGACGGCGGCAUGGCCCCGACGCUGUUCCAGAAGCUCUUCAGCAAGAGGAGCGGGCUGGGUGCGGCGGGCAGAGACGCCCGCGACCCCGACUGCGCGUUCAGCUGGCCCUUGCCAGAGUUUGACCCAAGCCAAAUUCGACUGAUCAUUUAUCAAGACUGUGAAAGACGAGGGAGAAAUGUAUUGUUUGACUCCAGUGUUCCGAGGAAAAGUGAGGACUCAUCAGUAUCAAAGCUCUGUAGUGAUGCUCAAGUUAAAGUCUUUGGGAAAUGCUGCCAACUAAAGCCUGGAGGAGACAGUUCAUCUUCUUUGGAUAGUUCUAUCACUUUAUCUUCUGACGUCAAAGACCAGUGUCCCAAGUAUCAGGGUUCUCGGUGCUCUUCUGAUGCCAAUAUGCUUGGAGAGAUGAUGUUUGGCUCAGUAGCGAUGAGUUACAAAGGAUCCACUUUAAAAAUCCAUCAGAUCCGCUCACCUCCACAGCUCAUACUUAGCAAAGUUUUCACUGCACGGACUGGCAGCAGCAUCUGUGGAAGUCUUAAUACACUGCAAGACAGUCUUGAAUUCAUCAAUCAGGACAGUAAUACAUUAAAGACUGAUAACACAGUUAUUAAUGGACUGCUUGGAAAUAUAGGUCUUUCACAGUUCUGCAGCCCCAGGCGGGCGUUCUCUGAGCAGGGUCCGCUCCGCCUGAUCAGAAGCGCCUCUUUCUUUGCAGUUCAUAGCAACCCGAUGGACAUGCCCGGAAGAGAGCUGAACGAGGACCGAGACAGCGGCAUUGCACGCUCCGCAUCUCUUAGCAGCUUGCUUAUCACCCCAUUUCCCUCCCCAAACUCUUCACUUACCCGAAGCUGUGCCAGCAGCUACCAGCGACGUUGGCGACGCAGCCAGACAACAAGUUUGGAAAAUGGGGUAUUUCCUAGAUGGUCUGUAGAAGAAAGCUUUAAUCUGUCAGAUGAAAGCUGUGGACCUAACCCAGGAAUUGUAAGGAAAAAGAAGAUUGCAAUUGGGGUAAUCUUUUCAUUAUCCAAAGAUGAAGAUGAAAACAACAAGUUCAAUGAGUUCUUUUUUUCACAUUUUCCUCUGUUUGAAAGCCAUAUGAACAAACUAAAGAGUGCAAUAGAGCAGGCUAUGAAAAUGAGCCGGAGAUCAGCUGAUGCCAGUCAGAGAAGUUUGGCAUACAGUCGAAUAGUUGACGCCCUAAAUGAAUUCAGAACAACAAUUUGUAAUCUUUACACAAUGCCACGAAUUGGGGAGCCUGUCUGGCUUACAAUGAUGUCAGGGACUCCAGAAAAGAACCAGCUUUGCCAUCGUUUGAUGAAGGAGUUUACUUUUCUAAUGGAGAAUGCAUCCAAAAAUCAAUUCUUGCCAGCUCUCAUUACUGCAGUUUUGACCAAUCAUCUUGCCUGGGUUCCAACAGUCAUGCCAAAUGGACAGCCACCCAUAAAAAUAUUUUUAGAAAAACAUUCCUCUCAGAGUGUGGACAUGUUGGCAAAGACUCAUCCAUAUAACCCACUUUGGGCACAGCUGGGAGACUUGUAUGGCGCGAUUGGCUCUCCUGUACGGUUAGCGAGGACGGUGGUAGUUGGCAAACGGCAAGACCUAGUCCAGAGACUGCUUUAUUUUCUUACUUACUUCAUAAGAUGCUCUGAACUUCAGGAAACUCAUCUUUUAGAGAAUGGAGAAGAUGAAGCCAUUGUGAUGCCAGGCACAGUGAUUACUACCAGCUUAGAGCGAGGGGAAGUGGAGGAUUCAGAGUACGUGCUCAUCACAAUGCACAGAAACAAAAGCCGUUUGCUCUUUAAAGAGUCUGAAGAGACAAGAACUCCUAACUGUAACUGUAAAUAUUGCAGUCAUCCACUCCUCAGGCAAAGUACGGAGAACGUGUCCCAACAAGAGAGAGAAGAUAGCCAAGACAGCUCUAAGGAACUUGUAGGAAUUUCAGAUGAAUGCCGAAUGAUUUCUCCUCCUGACUGCCAAGAAGAAAAUGUUGUUGAUGUUAAACAAUAUAGAGAUAAAUUAAGAACUUGCCUUGACAGCAAGUUAGAGACUGUUGUUUGCACAGGAUCUGCUCCAGUAGACAAGAGUGUUUUGUCAGAGACAGGCUUAGAGCCAACAGAAGGAACAUGGCAGAGUACAAGCUUGCUGGAUGCAGAUAGUCAUACAGACAAGGAGAUGAGAUCCACAGGGAUAGCUGUGGAAAAGAAACCUCCAGACAAGACUGUGCGUGGCGCACUUUCUUGUGAGGUAAUUCAGACAAAAGUUACUUUCUUGAUUGGGGAUUCUAUGUCACCUGAUUCAGAUACAGAACUUCGGAGUCAGGCAGUAGUGGAUCAGAUUGCCAGACAUCACAUCAAACCAUUGAAGGAAGACAGAGGGGUGACUGAGAAGCAUCAAGAAAGUAAACAGACAUCUAAGGACCAAUCUGGAGAGUCUAAUACACAGAAUGUGGUUUCUGGUGAGCCCUGUGAACUUCCAUGUUGGAAUCAUUCAGACCCAGAAAGCAUGAGUUUAUUUGAUGAAUAUUUUAAUGAUGAGUCAAUUGAAACCAGAACUAUUGAUGAUGUUCCAGUUAAAUCAAGUACAGACAGCAAAGAAUAUUGCUAUAUGUUAGAGUUUCCAAAAAGGCUGUGUACAAAAAGUAGCAAACAGGGGAAUGAAUUUUGUAAAUGUAUAGAAACAGUUCACCAAGAUUCAUGUAAAACCUGCUUUCCUCAGCAGGACCAAAAAGAUACACUCUCCAUGGUUAUCCCCCAUGGGGAUAAAGAGAGUUCAGAGAAAAAAAUUGCUACAGGAACUGAAUGGGACAUUCCAAGAAAUGAAAGUUCAGAUAGUGCCCUUGGAGAUAGUGAAAGUGAAGACACAGGCCAUGAUCUGACAAGACAAGCUAGCAGUUACUAUGGAGGAGGAGAGCAAGAAGACUGGGCAGAAGAGGAUGAGAUCCCUUUUCCUGGGUCAAAGUUAAUUGAAGUGAGUGCUGUUCAGCCCAACAUCGCCAACUUUGGGCGAUCCUUGCUGGGUGGCUACUGCUCAUCUUACGUGCCUGACUUUGUCCUUCAAGGGAUUGGAAGUGAUGAGCGGCUCCGUCAGUGUCUGGUGUCAGAUUUGUCUCAUGCUGUGCAGCAUCCAGUGUUGGACGAACCAAUAGCAGAAGCUGUUUGUAUCAUAGCUGAUACAGAUAAAUGGACCGUUCAAGUGGCCAGCAGUCAGAGACGAGUGACAGAUAAUAAACUGGGGAAGGAAGUGCUGGUUUCUAGUCUUGUUUCCAACCUGCUUCAUUCCACUCUUCAGCUUUAUAAGCAUAACUUGUCUCCAAACUUUUGUGUAAUGCACCUUGAAGACCGGUUACAGGAAUUAUACUUCAAGAGCAAAAUGUUAUCUGAGUACCUGAGGGGACAGAUGCGUGUUCAUGUCAAGGAGCUGGGAGUGGUUCUUGGGAUUGAAUCGAGUGACCUUCCACUUCUGGCGGCUGUAGCAAGCACUCAUUCUCCAUAUGUCGCUCAGAUACUCCUUUAGCAUGGAAGAAGUAACUCUGGUGGAAAGUUAAACAGAAAUCAACAAAGCAGGCAUAACAUGUACUUAUGGGGGUUUUUUGUUGCUCUUGUUCUGUUUUGUGUUUGUUUUUAUUUUUCCUGCCUAGGCAUCUAUGUGACUGAGUCCUCUCCAGGAUACCGUGUUGCAUUGCAGAGUCUGUGUGGACUACGAGCUUUUUCUUUUUAACUGGAUCUCUGGGUAGCAGUAGAUUUUCAACCAGUGAACCUAAAGCAGCAUAAAUAAUUUUGGGGGAAGCAUUUGAAAAAGCCAAAGUGUAAUUAAAGUGUAAUUUAGAAAUUUCUAUGACAUGAAUAUCUAGGAAUUUCAUGUAAUCACUACAAUGUUGUUACAAACUCAUCAGACAACUCAGAAAUACUCUUUUCGUUAAUUUUUUAAGCCUUUAUUUCUAAGGUACACAAAUCUACAAGACCUUAAUUUGUUGUUUUGUAAUUCAAAUUAACAAAUUUUUGGUUAUUUCUAAGUAUUUCAAACAACCUGUUAAUUACAAGAAACUAGAUUAGUGAAAAUGUGCUAUGUUAUCCAUCCACGUGUACAUAUGUAUCUAUUUUUUGAAAAAGCAGGGGUAGAAAUACAAUAUUGAUAAACAUGCAUUUUUAAAAAAUAUUUUCAUCUAAUACUGUAUGUAAUGUUGAAAUCACCUUCUGGUGAUUUUUUUCUGUUUCACACACUCUAAAAUAUACUUAAAGCCAAACUUUUUAAAGGCUAAAGAAUGUAGAUUCCCUAAAAAAGAAUACUACUUUGUAUCAUUUGUUUUGUAUACGUACCACACGCUAAAUGAUUAUGCCACUGGAGCGCCUUACCAUUUGUUUUCUAAGUAUGAGCUAGUUCUUACUGAUAUUUACAUACUAAUUUAAUAAAUAAAAAUUAGGAUUAAAAAAAUGAACCAAAGCAUUGGCAAAAAUAAUACUGUUUUCUUUAAAUAUGCUCAGGUAGCUUCAGUCCUCAACCCAGAUGAGCAAAAUAUUGUUUCACAUUUACACUGAUAGAAGUAAUAAAUUUUAAAAACAUUCUCUUUUCUCUUAGCGUUCCUUUCUUCUAAAUGCUGAUUUUUUUUCAAAGAUUUCUACUUUUCAGUUGUUACCGUCUUUGUAUAUAGUGUAGAAUGUUGCUUAUGAGAAAGACUAAUAAAGAACCAAACUCCUGUAUAUUAUGUAAAUAAAAAGGUGAGUAGAUGAUGUUUUCAGAAUGCUCCACUACCUCAGUCUACUUGAAUACUGAAUUGUAGCUUAUUCUUUGCUUGUGUAGUCUAAGAUACAGAUAAUGCCAGAAUUAGAGCUGGUUUUUGCAUUCAUUGACUAUUCUUAGAAAGAAAAAGACUUGCCUAUUUAGUUACUGAAUACCUUUACUAUAUAACACAUACAUACGUGCUAUUUAAAUUUUUCAAUGAUUAAUGAAAAUUUUCUGUGGUUUAUAGUCUUCAGAACCUUGAGUUUAUUGUGUUGGAUCAUAUUUUUGCCUUGCUCUUUGUUCAAGAGAAUUCCAGCUAGACAAAGAAGAAGCAAUUGUUUUAAUGGAAUGCAAACCCAAAAGCUAAGGUGCCUGCAGUUGGGCCCGUGUUCUAUUAGCUGAUCACAGUAGUUCCUAAGUCUCCCAUGGAUGACUUGCUGCCAAAGAGUGUUUCUGAAUAUGCUUUCUUUGGCUCACUUGUAUUAUUCCAUUCAUUAGUGAGUGAUUCUGUUGUGUAUUGUUGGAGUUCAGUGAGUAGAUUUCUGUUCCUCUUUGAGCCAUUGUACAUUAUUUUUUGAUUGUGGCUCGGAAUAAUAUGUAGCAGGUAGAUAGUGUCUGUUUCUGGGUGUUAAUCAUCAGACUACGGUUAGUUCUGUCUAUAUGAAAUCUCUCAUUACUGUUUAGUAGUUCUAGUCUUUAGUAAGUGAAUGACUCAUGCUGUUACUCUUAAAACUAAGCUUUGCUGGAUAUAAAAGGCUAUCAUUUCUUAAAGAAUUGUUAAUCCUUACAGGAUUCCUGAGUUCUGUAAUUCCAAUCCUUGUAUAAUUUGUACUGCCUUUAUUAAUCAUCAUUGUUCUUUCUUUACACAAAGCCCAAGGAGUGAGCUUCUUUAAAGCUUGGUUGUGAUGAAUGUGAAAAGAGUUUUGGCUUGUUUAAAGUAAUUUUUUGAGCCAGGCGUGAUGGCACACGCCUUUAAUCCCAGCACUCGGAGGCAGAGGCAGGCGGAUCUCUGUGAGUUCAAGGCUAGCCUGGUCUACAUAGUGAGUUCCAGGACAGCUGGGGCUACAGGGAGACCCUGUCUCAAAAAGACCAAAAAAUAAUAAUAAUAAUUUUUAAGUACUUAAUGGUACAGACAGAUAUGUGCUACAUAUUACAAACACCUGUUGGUUGCAAUAGAAAAUUUAAAAAGGGAUUUUAUAGAUUUAAAACUAAGUUUUCUGUACAUGUAAACUAAUUGGUUUGAUUUUAAGUAUCAUGGCAUUUAUUAAUAUGUCUUAAUUUUGAGUUUGAAAAUAUUAAGUGCAAUAAACAUACUAGUACAGAUUUCAUUUUCUUGCAAUUGGCAUACACUUCAGAUGAUUACUUAAAACAAUUUAUAUAAUGCCUACUUCUGGUAGUUGUCAUGAGAAUGUUCUGCUUUCUCUUAAGUUAUUUAGAUGGUGGAUAUAUAAAUUGUACAGAUUUGUUUCUUGUUCUGAAUACAUUUCUCAAGUGUACACCUGUAUUAUAAUAACCUCCCAAUUAUAGGGGAAAUUUGUGCAAUAAACACACAUGUCAAUUUGAUGGGUAA